CUGGGGGUGAGUGCAGUGAGCUCGAGGCCCGGAAUGAGCCUCAGUGUGUAUCAGAGUUUCAGAGCGGAGCGCGCGCUUUACCGCAGCGCGUGAAGACGAAGACGAAGCUCACGCGGAGAAAUACCCUGCUCUUCUCAUGUGCCCAGAGGAACCGAGGUUGGGUUCCACUCCUUUGGCCAUGCUCGCGGCGACCUGCAACAAGAUCGGGAGCGCGAGCCCCUCUCCGUCCGCAGUGCCGGACCCCUCCUCCUUUUCCAAGAGCUUUCAGGGUUUCCACCCGUGGAAGCGCGCGGCGAUGACUGGCAGUGGAACGAGCAGCACCUGUAGCGGGGGCGCGGGCGCGAGUUCGGCUCUGGUCUCCUUCGGCGCGAGAAGCAAUGGGGUAGGCAUGUCUGCGGGCGGUGGCGAAUCCCUUUGCGCAAGCGGCGCCACAACGGCGGGCGGCUCGAGUGCCUUCUCGCUCACCGCGUCCUCCUCCGGCGCGCCCUCGAGUGCGCACUUCACCAACGACUACUCCGUGUUUCCCUCCGGAGGCUCGCAGGAUGUCUUUCUGUCCGCCAAGGUGGACGGGCUGCAGGGCAUCUAUCCGCGCGUCAGUGUGACCGCACACCCCUACGAGACGUACGCGUCCGCGUGGUGGGACGUGGGAGCGAGCUGGGUGGACGUACAGGGCGCGAGCGGGCAGCCCCAGGCGCCGCCGCUGCACGCGGGACCGUCGCUGCAUUCCCCGCUGCACGGGUAUGGCUCUUCCUCGGACUUCGCGAGCCUGAGUCACGCGGCGUUUGGCACGGGCACGUCACCUCACCUACUGGGGGGGCAGCACCUCAUGGACGGGUUUAAGCCCGUGCUCUCGUCACCGUACGGGGACUCCUGUUCAUCCGGCAGCGCAAUGCUGACCCCCGGCGCGCCGCCUUCCUCCUCUUCUUCCUCCUCCUCCUCGCCCCGGUCCUCUGCGCGCCGUUACGCGGGCCGCGCCACGUGCGACUGUCCCAACUGCCAAGAAGCCGAGAGGCUUGGACCCGCGGGCGCCGCGAGCAUGCGCAGGAAGGGACUUCACUCGUGUCACAUACCGGGAUGCGGAAAGGUGUACGGCAAGACAUCGCACCUGAAGGCGCACCUGCGCUGGCACACGGGUGAGCGGCCGUUUGUCUGUAACUGGCUUUUCUGUGGCAAGCGCUUCACGCGAUCUGAUGAACUGCAGCGGCACCUGCGCACGCACACCGGAGAGAAGCGCUUCGCGUGCCCGGUGUGCGGCAAGCGCUUUAUGCGCAGCGACCACCUCAGCAAACACGUGAAGACACACAGCGGCGCCGCGGGACCAGGCAGCUCCGGUGGAGGCGGGGGUUCCGGCGGGUCGGGAGGGAGCAAGCGGGGCAGCAGCGACACGGACAGCGAGCAGAGCGGGGCGGGCAGCCCUCACUGCGGGACACCCGACCUGCUGCAGCCCGCCGAGGCAUGAGCCCGCUGAGCACCCGAACGGGGUCUUAGACUGGGAGGAUGGGUUACCCUGAUUCAGGGCAGUAAAGAGGACAUGGAUCAUCCCAAUAUCAGGGUAAAAAUUGGCCCAGGAUUGGGGGGCUCAUUUACCAUGACCCAGCACAAGAGAGGGGUCCUUGGAUUGUGCGCCUCAUUUUCAUCCAUGGAGAAAUUUGGACCUGGACUGGAAGCAGUCCUUUACUGGAAGUUUCCUUGAUCAACUUGUUAAAGUGGACCUAGACUGAGGGGCUUAGGUUUUUUCUUGGGCAAAGUUUGAACUGUACAGUUGGGGUACAUUUUUAUGCCUAGGAGAAAAUGGGAACAAAUACCUGAUCUGGGGAACUGAUUUAACUUGCAAGACAACGAAAGGGAUGCCAGACAAGGAGGCCCGUUUUUCUCCCUUGCCGAACAUUGGACCUGGAGAGCGGGUUUAAUUUUUGUCUUUGGGGAAAAUGUAAUUGUUCUUGGGACAAAUUAUUUCUUUGGGGUAAAUGGGCCUGAAACGGGGUCUUGUUUUCCUCGAUAGGUUAAAGUGCACCUAUACUGGGGGUCUCAGUUUGCUCGUCUCGAAAGUAAACCUGGACAAAGGUGCCAGUUUUUGUCCCUGGGUUUAAUUGAUUUGGCGAGGGUCAAUUUUGUCUUUGGGCAAAAAUGGACUAUAACUGGGGAGGGCUCAGUUUUUUUCCAGAGCAAAAUUUGACCUGGUUUUACAAUAUUAAUUUAUGCCCACCCAAAACCUGGAUGGAUUUUGUGAAUCUAAAAGACCACAUCAUGGGAUUUAUUUUAAUGUAAGAUAAACUGAAUUAUCCGUCGAUAAAAACCCAGUUGGUAAGUUUAGUCUCGGAUCAGGGACCUGGGCGCAUAAUUAAUGAAUAUAUAUAUUUGGGUAAACCCUCAUCGCAAGUCUUUUUUUAAUGUUAGUGACGUGAUGCAGAAGUCGAUUGUUUCUGUUGUGUUUUAUUUUAUUCUAGAUUUUUUUUGUUUCUCCCAAACCAAACCGUGGCACUUUAUUCAUCUCCAUCACUGACUGCAACCCAUCUGUAUGGUGUAUCGGGGGGCAAAUCGCUGCCUAGUCUUUACUUUUUUUAAUACUUGGAAACUAAAAUAGCCUAUAUACAGUAUAAACACAGGACAUGUUAAAAAGAAUACAAAGCUGGGUGUGUUUGUAUGAAAUGUACUUAUUUCCUACGGCGGAGAACUGAAUGUACAUAUUGAUUAAAUCCUGUAUAGGAUAGUCUGGAAAUUUAUUAUACUGCUGUAAGAGUUGACGUAUUGCUUUUGUAUAGUAUUUUUAGUUGUAUAUUGACACUAGUAAAUAUCCACAAUUGUACGGCAGUGCAUUUUCUUGUCAAGAGGUUUUAUUUAUCCUUGUGUUCUGGACUUUGUUUGAGUGUUUAUGUGCAUUUUGCGCAUAAAAUCACAGUCGCACUUUAAAGAGAAAUCGAAAUUUCGGUGUUGAAUGAGUUUGGUUUUGUUGGAGCAUGCCGAUGUAAGCGUUCAUUUCCUAGCCUUAUUUUCACCACUGGCUCUCUAAUUCAAGCCACUCAAUAAAGUCAAAGCGGAGUCA